AUGGCGAUGUCGGGAACUCUUUCGACUGCGACUCAUGAACUGGACGAGCUGUGUUACCUCACAGCUCAGUCGAUGACAUCACUGGUGACAUCAGAGCACUUUCGCCUCCUUAAGAUCCUCGGAGAGGGGUCAUAUGGCAAGGUCAUGCUCGCCGUGCACAGGAAGAGAGGCACCCCCAUGGCGCUGAAGUUCUUCCCGCGUCGCUCCACCUCCCUCAUGUCCUUCCUGCGGGAGUACAACCUGUCGCUGUCCUUCUGCACACACCCCUCCCUCACGCGCGCCCUGGGCAUCUUCUUCUCCACACCCACCCACUACAUCUUCGCCCAGCAGGCCGGUCUCCACGGCGACCUCUACGACGUCAUCACCUCGGAGGAUGGAGUGAGUGAGGAGUGCUCCCAGAGGGUGAUGUCCCAGCUGAGCGGUGCAGUCUCUCACCUCCACUCUCUGGGUUUCGUUCACCGCGACAUCAAACCCGAGAACAUCUUCCUGUGCGACGGCUCGUGCCGCUGGGUCAAACUGGGCGACUUUGGGCUCGCCCGCGCGCGCGGCGCCAAGGUCCGGCCCGUCUGGUACAACUCCCCCUUCUGCGUGCCGGAGGUGGAGCACGCCAAGGAGAGGAGGCUGAAGGAGGAAGAGGAGGAGGAGGAGGAGGAAGAGGAGUGGAUGUCAGUGGAGCCCAGUCUGGACACGUGGGCACUGGGAGUGCUGGUGUUUUGUCUCCUGACGCGCUGCUUUCCCUGGGAGGAGAGCACGUCAGACGACCUGGGCUACCGCAGAUACAGAGAGUGGUUCGAACGCGAGACGGAGAGAGAGGAGAGGGAGAGGAAACAGAAGGAGGGAUGGUGGAAUGGAGAGAGCGGGAGCGUAGAGAGAGAGAGCGAGAGGGACGAGGAGGAGACCCAAGCUCCAGCCUUGCCCAGUCAGUUUGACUGCUUCAGCCCGCUGGCCAUGGCCCUCUUCAGGCAGCUGCUCCACCCGCUGCCCGGGCUUCGGGGCGGGCCCGAGGAGGUCCUCAGUUACCUGGGCGGGGCAUGGCUGGUGGAGACAGAGAGAGAGCAGAAACAGAGAGAGCAGGAGGCGAGGGAGGAGGCCAGAAAGAUAGAGGGCAAUGGAGGAAUAGAGGAGGAGAGGGAGAGAGAGGGAAGAGGAGAGAGAUAA